AUGGACACUCCAUCAUUGAGUGCUAGCGUCGUUGGUGUCUGGCCAUACGCUCUACUACCACUUCUGUCCAUCAUCAUCUAUGCUUUCUAUAACGCGUGGCUACACCCACUGCGUCACUACCCUGGACCACUACUCUGGCGAUCUUUCCGUAUUCCAUAUGUGGUUUCAACCCACAAAGGACAACUUCACAAGCAACUAAAGGAAUUCCACACUAUCUAUGGGCCAAUCGUUCGAAUUGCUCCGGAUGAGCUCUCCUACGCUGAUGGCAGAGCAUGGAAGGAUAUAUACACAAACCGGACUGGCCAUCAGCCAUUUCCACGAAACCAGACCUGGUUCAAGAAGCAAACUCCAGACGAGCCUCACUCUAUCCUGGGCUUCGACGAGGCUUCCCACGCAAGAUACAGACGCGCAUUUGCGAAUGCCUUCUCGGAUAAACAUCUCAGAGACCUAGCGCCGAUUGUGGAAGGCUAUGUCGAUCUACUCCUUUCAAGACUACAAGCAUCCACAACAGACUCAGUAGAUUUGGAUCAUCUGAUCGAGUGUAUAGCUUUUGACAUUGGCAGCGAUCUCUCUUUCGGUCAGUCCUUCGACUCACUCCGGAGCGGGAAAGUGCACCCCUGGGUGGAAGUCGCCAACGGCUUCGGAAAAGGUCUUGCUCUUGUUGCCUCAAUCAAUCGGUAUCCACCCAUAGAGCGUCUAUUACGGUACAUCAUCCCCAAGAAGAUCAUGCAGAAGAUGCAAAACCACGCCAUGAUGAGCAGUGCUAUGGCACAGAAACGCCUCGCCAUGAAUACGGACCGACCAGACUUUGUAACUCCAACCAAGAAAUACGUCGAGGCGAAAGGAGGUAUAGAAGGCAAAGAGUGGGACAUCAACCUCAUGAUCUUUGUCUUUGCCUCUAGUGAGACGAUAGCCUCUGCGCUUACUGCCAUCUUCCGCGAGCUCGUCCAACAUCCAGGCACCCUCCACCGUCUCACUUACGAACUACGCUCUACUUUCCAGAGCGAGGCGGACCUCACAAUCGCGUCGACUGCUCAUCUCUCUUAUUUGAACGCAGUCAUCAACGAAGGGUUGCGUCUCGAUCCGCCUGUCGUAAACGCACCACCUCGCGUUGUGCCACCCGGUGGUGACACGGUUUGCGGACGAUAUGUACCUGCUGGAACGUACGUAGCGUACAACCAAUUCGCCGCAAACCGACAGAAGUACAACUUCCAUCUCCCCAAUACCUUCCUACCAGAGCGCUUCCUUCUGGGCAAGUCUUCCCGUCACAACGACAAAGACGACAUGGCAUCUUUCCAGCCCUUCAGCAUCGGUCGGCAUCAGUGCAUUGGCAUGAAACUUGCUUACGCCGAGAUGCGUAUCAUUGUUGCCAAGGUUUUGUGGGGAUUCGACAUGCAGUUGGCCAAUCAACAAGACAGAUUUGAUUGGGGCGAGCAAGCGACGUAUAUUUUCUGGGACAAGAGACCGCUGAAGGUGUGCAUGACUCGUGCAAAGAUGGAGUGA